GGCGUCUCGGCUCCCACCGAGCGGCCCGGAUGACGCACUGCACCCGGCAGCGGCUCGAUGUUUGUUACCGUGUUAGCCUGUGGUGCUAGUUAGCUACCCAGCUAACGGAGUAAACACACCGUGCAGCGAUGGACCACCACAAAUCCCACAAUCCCGACCCCGGCUUCCAAAAACACCAGUCAGCAUACAGAAGAGAGAGAAAUGACAGUGGAAGAAAUCACAGGGAGUUUCAAAACGUCAGAUCAAACCACCACCACCACCACCCAUACCAGUAUCAGUCUGGGCCAACUCCUGGGAAAAACCCACCCAGCUCUCGGGGCUUGAGCACCAGAAGGGAGAACUAUGAAAGAGACUUUCCUGUGUACAAACAACCUGUCGAAGUCGGAUGUUUUUCCCUCGACUCUGAGCGUCGAUUCUUCAACGACAGCAGGCAAAUGAGAUACUAUUCAGAACCUGACGGGAAUCCUCAUUUUGACCUGAAGGAUGGAUACAAGGACCGCUAUAUAAAGAGAGACGAAAGUGUGAAGGAGAAGCUGGACCACAUCCUACGCUGGAUCUUAGCCAACAGAUCAAAGCUCAGCUCAAAGGUGGCGACCACAGCCUCACCAUGUGCUUUAGAUGUCGACUUUGUGACAUGGCGCGGCCAUCUGACCAAGCUGCUGACCACACCCUAUGAGACACGGGAGGGCUGGUUGCUGGCGGUCACCAGGUUCAGGAACACGCUUUACAUCAGUGAAGUGGAAACAGAAGCAGCUCGCAGGGAACUAGAGAACCGCACCGAGAGGCACCGAGAGAUGAUGUACUGGGGAUACAAGUUCGAGCAAUACACGUGUGCAGAUAACGUCGACAGUUCACCUGACCCGGGUGGAGUGGUUAACACUAACGAGGCCUUCUGCACUGUGGUGCAAACUCGGCUCGCUGAUCACAGACUUCUGUUCUCCGGUGAGGUGGACUGUCGGGAUAAAGAUCCCAACGCUCCAGGUCCUCCUGCGUGCUACGUAGAGCUGAAGACCUCCGCGGAGAUCUGCACCCCCAAGCAGCGCAGCAACUUCCACAGGUUCAAACUGCUCAAAUGGUGGGCUCAGUCCUUCCUCCCUGGAGUCCCGCGUGUUAUUGCAGGUUUCCGGGAUCAUGAUGGGGUGGUUGUCACUGUGGAGACAUUUCCCACCUCAAAGAUUUCACAUCUCAUCAAGAGCGAACCCAACUGCUGGAAGCCGACGGUCUGUAUGAACUUUUGUUCAGACUUCCUGACGUUUGUGAAGCAUACAGCUACUGAAGACAAUCCAAGCGUGGUCUACCUCUUUUCCUACGAGCCCCACAGAGAUGUGACCUACUCCGUCCACAGAGACUCCCAGUACUCCUUCCUUCCACACUGGUAUGUCAGGGAGAUAACCAGCAGUCAAGACUCACAACACUAGUCCUGCUUUACAGCCAAGACGUGGUGAACUGGGACUGUUAAUUUAGACCUCCAAUGGAGGAUUAUUUACUUAAAUACUUUUGAUUUUUAUCCUCUGAGAGAGGCUUCAUGUUUUCAUUUUGUGUCACCGUUCACUACGACACGAUCCUCUGGAUGUAUUUCUGUCUGAUUCUGUUGAGUUCUCAAGAAUAACUCAGAUACUUAUGGAUGCCUACAAGAGCUUCACUCUACACUUGAAAAAUGAAGCUGACAUAGUAAUUACACAAGUAACGUAACUACUUCUGCUAACUCAGUGUUUUGGAGACUUUCCUGCUGGAAAUCAGAUACGCUUCUUUAUUAUCCCCAACCAUAAAAUCCAUAUUUAGUGCGUCUUAGUGCUCCUGUGGGAGGGAGUGUGGAUCCGUUUUUGCUCACAUUGUCUGGUCGUGCCCUUAUCUUAAACCUUUCUAGAAAGAAGUGGGUCAUUUAAUUUCUCAUUUACCUUUCUGUAACUUGGAAAUGUUCCUAAAGGCCUCAGUAGGAGCGACCUCAUACCCUUCUGAAGAUCUUUACAGCUGCAAGUACGUAUAAUGGAGAAAAUGACUUUCACCCUUUGACAACAGAAGGAGAGUGGGGAUAAAUAUUGGGAAAAAUUGGAUCCUCGUAACCGGAACUUUUAACAUUUUUAUUCUUUCCAUUUCUGUACUUGUGCCUCCUUUUUUUUGGCUUAUCUUUCUUAUUUUUCAUUGCACUGAUUGUGAUAUAAUACUCCACACCUCACCUGUUCUGUGUUCACACAAAAAACAACAAACAUGAAUUAGUCAAUAGUUUCUUAAACUUUAUUAAUUCUUGUUUAACCCCCCCACAAACAGUGGUAUAUUAAUGAAACAAAAUUAGAAAACAAUAGGUAAAAAAAAGUGAUUUUAAAUAUGUAAAGAUGACUUCAAGUAAGUAUUGCAUCAGCAGUUACAAAAAUAUGUUCAUGUAAACUGUUAAGACAAAACAUCUCCUUCAUCGGGGGAAGAAAAAUAAGCAUUAUGAAGAAUUCAAACCAGUGAGUGUAUUCCAGUAACUGCUGUCCAAAUCUGCUUGUUUUUUUACAACUAGAAGUGACACAUUUUUUAUUAAAUAAAGUUAAUUUGGUCCUCUUCUUUGUUUGUUCAGAGCUUUCUGAUUUUUUUCCACACACCUGAUGUCCUCAGAUUUUCUUUCCUGCAGUCUAAAUGAGUUGCGUUGCAGAACAUUUAUCACCUCACUCUUCGCUAUUUCAACAUAAACACCCUGGCUAACAACUAAAUAAAGUGGCAGUGGAGGGCUAAAGGUUAGAGAGGUGAGAGGCUGCAUAAAAUCUGAGUGUGAAAGCUUCAUUAACACCACCGCAGUGCCCUUAAUCCAAACUCCAGCUCCAGUAGCCAGCAGAUCAGACUGGUCGUGGUUGUACUGGGCAGCUUACAGGUGUGAAUGCGUAACUGUGAAUGUGAUCUGCGUGGUUCUCAGUGCUCGCUGUGAAAAAUAAGACGUGGACAGUUUCUAACUUUUCCAACACAAAAGUUCAAUUUCCUUUACCCGUUAUUCAGUCUGCUGAUAUGUACUUACAUGGUGUAGCUGUGGACGGCAGGUGUGUGAGUCAGUAAAAAGGUCUGAAACAUUUAAAAGGUGAGGUAAGUGAUUGGGGAAAUCCAGUCUUAGACCUAUUAGGUAUCGUCUGAUGACAACUUAACCUCUGGAGGCAACAGCCAAUGGUUCUGCCAAGACUUUCUCUGCAGUCUGAUUAGCAACUUGAUGUGUGAGAACGACACAUUUCUGGUAACCUUUUUGAACAGAUAUCUGCAUAUUAAUGCUAAUAAAAAGCAUUUCAGCCAAUACAUGUUGCCUCUUUUACUCUGCAUGCAACUGUUUGCCUGCAUGCAACCAAAGUCUGCUCAGACAUGACUGGUCAAUACUAUUGGGACCACAAAGAGAAACUAGGUCCUAAAAUCUUGGUCCCUGGCCUGAAUGGAUUAA